AUGGGUUCUAGAACUACUAGAGCUGGAUCAAGCAACAGGAAUGAAAGACUUGACCAAAUUCUUGAUCUUUUGAAUCAGCAAAAUGCUAGGAUGGAUGGAAUUGAACAAGAAGUUUCAAGAGUUGGUGAGAUACAAAAUGAACAACCUCGACAGGAAGAGCAACCUAGAAAUGAAAUUUCUAGAGCUAAGGAACAACCUGAUCAUCGAGCUAGGAUUGAAGGGGAGCUAGCCAAAGACUUGAAAAGGAUAGCACCACCUAAGUUCGAUGGUAAGACCAUUGGUGAUGGUGCUGAAGCUUGGGUAAUUGAGAUGGAGAAGUACUUUGAACUCCACAACAUGUCAAAUAAAACUAAAGCAGUAUGGGUUGCUUAUCAUCUUACUGGAGAAGCUGCAACAUGGUGGGACAAUGAGAAAUUUGAGAAGAAGUUACAACCUGGUGAUAUUACUUGGGAACUAUUCCUGCAAUCAUUCAAGAAGAGGUGGCUUCCUUAG